CAUUAAUAUUCAUGAGCACGCCUCCGCCAUAGGCUAGUCGAGGGCGCUGAACCGAGCAGCGUGAUUUAUAUCUCCAUGGCUGCUCUUUUAGUUACAAAAUGCUGCGGUAUCUUCGUGUGUUGUUCGUCUGCACGCUAUUAGUCUUCUUCUCAGUGCUCUACAUAUUUAAUCAGCCGGUGUCGUCACUGGAGAGCGUGAAUCAACAGGCGCGAGCGCAGCGGACACGCGCGCACGAUGACAUGUGUAACUCGGACCCGGUCUCUCGCUGGACGCCGUACGGGAGACUCCCGGCUCCGGUGUGCCGAAGACCCUGCUGGACGGACCCGGCUCCUAGGUCCGGCUGGGACCCGGUGGGCCUGGCGGUGGUGGCGUGUGGGCCUCGUCUGCAGGAGACGCUGACGAUGCUGAAGUCUGCUGUGCUCUUCAGCCGCAGAGAUCUGCACUUCCACAUCUUCGCAGAGGACGAGCUGCAUGCCGGCUUCACACACGCCCUGGAGUCGUGGCCCCGCAGGUUUCGCUCCAGGUUCCUCUACAGUGUGUAUCCCGUCAGUUUCCCCAGUGAGAACGCCAGAGAGUGGAAGAGGCUCUUCAAGCCCUGCGCUGCUCAGAGACUCUUCAUCCCUCUGAUCCUGCAGCAUGUGGACUCAGUGCUGUACGUGGACACGGAUGUGCUGUUCCUGCGCGCCGUGGAGGACGUGUGGCGGCUCCUGGCGGCGUUCAACGGGACCCAUGUGGCGGCGAUGGCCCCCGAACACGAGGAGCCGCGCAUCGGCUGGUACAACCGCUUCUCCCGGCACCCGUACCACGGCCACACCGGCCUCAACUCCGGCGUCAUGCUCAUGAACAUGACACGCAUCAGACACACACACUUCAAGAAUGACGUGGCAGCAGUGAGUCUGAAGUGGGCUGAUCUACUGAUGCCGCUGCUCAACAAAUACAAGCUCAACAUCACCUGGGGAGACCAAGACCUGCUCAACAUCAUAUUCCACUAUAACCCAGAGACUCUGCUGGUGUUCCCGUGCCACUGGAACUACCGGCCCGAUCACUGCAUCUACGGCAGCAACUGCCCCCCCGCCGAACGCCACGGCGCUUACAUUCUCCACGGCAACCGCGGCGCUUACCAUGACGACCGGCAGCCGGCGUUCAGAGCCGUUUAUGACGUCAUCCAGCAGUUUGUGUUUGAUGAAGACCCCGAGCGCGGCCUCCUCGUCCCGCUGGAGCAGAAGCUGAGGAGUGCUGAACACACGUACUGUGGCAGAGUCCCACACGUCUUCACCAAACGCCUGCGCCAGAGCGUCCGAGAGCUGCACACACACUGAACACACACACACACACUCACACUCACACUCCAGGCAUGGGCUUCGUUAUUACUGUAGAUCAGACUCACAUCUCUCUGAUGAAUCACAGAUAUUAUCCAGACCAUCAGCUGCUGACAAUCAGUGUUCACACACACACACACACACACACACACACACACACACACACACACACUGAGCUCAUAUUAG